UCAGCUGUCCUGCUAGCAUCCUAACAUCCUAACUCUUACUGUAAUCCAUAGAAUGGUACUCCUAAGAUCAAAGAAUGAGACAUAGAGCAAAAAUUGAGGCAGCAGAGAAGCAAUUGUAAAACCUGAAGGAUUUUCCACUUUGGCAAGUUUGCAGUCUUAUUUUUGUCCUGAAAGAUUCACUGCCCAUAUGGAUGUCUCAAAGGACAAGCGCUCCCUUUCACUUCAGAUUUACAGUUUCAGAACGGCCUUGAAUAGACUUGAAAGAUUGGUUGAACAGAUAGCAGCUCAGAAAAGAGAUGAAAGAGCAGGCUUGUUUACCCAGAAAGAAGAUGUGAUUGAUUAUGACAAGUUUUAUGCAGCAGUGCAGGAGCUCUUUGAUAUAGAAAUGAGGAGUCAAGAUGUGAAGUGCUUUUACAGGAAGCUCUGCAAGAACCCUGAUGCACCUAUAGACUGGUGUGAGAUCUUUGGAUACUUCUCAGCUGAAGAUUCCCUUGCUCACCAAGUGGAUAAAGAAAAUUUGGUUUUCCUUGUGUCAAAAAAACAACGAAUUGCAACUUCAGGUAGUAGAAGACGAGAUGUGAUUAAGUGUAUCGUCAAGAUUCCCCAGUUGGAUUUACUAAUAACAGCUUCUCAGAAAGGAUUAAUAAGAGUCUUUAACAACCAGAUGAAAGUGCAGAUCAGCACCAAUGUCACCGAUACCUCCUGGAUUACAGGAUGUGAUUACCUCUCCCAGCUGAAACGAAUUGUGGCCACUACAGAAAGGACCAUCAUUGUCUGGGAUUAUAAAUCUCAAGGGAACAGCCAGGAAAACUAUUUUGUCAUCAAGCCCAUGGAUCACUGCCUUUUGUGUGUAUGCGUGGUGCCCCUGCCUGACCAGCUCUGCCGAGAAGACAUCCUCCUGGGGGAUGAUGGUGGCUUUGUGAGCAGAUUCACAGUGAAUAGUGAUGACUUUGGAUUAAAACAGACAAAAAUCAAAAAGAAGUUGCAAAAUCAUAUCUUAGACUCGAAGAACUUUAAAAGCGUUAAAAGGAAGCUGCAUAAUGACUGGGUUAUGAAAGUCAGAUAUAUUCCAUCCCUGAAUUGCUUUGGAUCCUGCUCCUUGGACAGUGUUCAUUCAUUAGUUUUUGAAUCCUUAAAGAGACUUGGGGACAAUUUGCCUGUCAGAGAGUUUGCCAUGCCAAAAGGAGCAAAUACUUUUUGCUACUGUGUAAAAGCGAAUGUGAUUAUCACUGGAGGAGAAGAUAAAGUCCUCCGGCUGUGGCACCCCUACAUCAGCACCAAGCCUGUGGGGAAGCUGGUGGGACACAUGUUCAGCAUCACCGAAAUCGUGACCAAUGAAAAAGAUCAGCACAUCAUCAGCCUUUCCUCUGCAAAGGUUUUCAGGGUGUGGGAUAUACAGACUCUUUCCCUGUUACAAGUCUUCCAUGACACCCAGGGAGGACCAGGAGACAUGCAGAUUUAUUCCAUGAUAUACGAUACCAAACACGGCAUGCUUAUCACAGGAUCAAAUUUUAUAGACAUGUAUCCUCUUACAAGGAUGAUACAAGACACGAAACAGGUUCCUCACACUCAUGAACGAGAAAUCAAUGUCAUGCUUUACAACAAGUAUUGUCACCAAGUACUCACUAUCUGCUCGGAAUCGAUAAUUAAGGUGUGGGAACUCGAGACUGGUAUCCAAAUAUACCAGAUUAUGGACCCUCAUGGCAUCAAUGUUGAACUGACUUCUGCAGCUAUUGAUGAAACUGGAGUUCUUUUUGCCACAGGAGCAUGUACUGGAACACUCAAAAUCUGGGACUUUAGCAGUGGACAAGAGAUGAAAGUGCUGCUGGAAGGGAAAGACUGGAAAGAGGAAGAGCACUGGCUGAAGCACCUGAUUUUCCUCCACAGUCAGGACAAACACCAGUACUUCAUCCUUGCCUUGGAGUGCAAUGGGACUAUCAAAAUGAUCCAGGGUAAGGAAGAUGAUACUUUCCUUGUGGUGAUUUGGGAGCUGCCAGAUGCCAUACCUUAUCUACAAGAUGAGAACCACACUGUGCAAGUGAAGACUUCUACUAAAGAUGGGAACAUGGAUAUUCCUUUCCCAGACGUCGAAUUAAUCAUUCAUAGGAACUCUUCUCAACAUACUAACGCACCAACCUGAAGGUUGUUCCACUGUGGACCUAGACCUGGAUCCCAAGCGCUUUAGAAUUAAUGACAUACUGUUCCUCUUUCGUACCACUGAAUGUGCAAGGAGAUCAAGUCAAGAGUCCAUAUGCUCUUCAUCCCACUGUGAAUCCAGCAAAGGUCCACAGAGCAGCAAGGGAAGCAAGCAAAGCAUACAGGACAAUGAGGGUAAAGGUGAAAACACAGAUAUAAUGGGAGAGCAACAGUCAGCAGGCAGAAAGGGUCCCAUCCCUGCUAACCCAGUGGAAGCUCAGCCUCCCAUCCUGGUCACUGCUCAUGAGGACGGACAUCUUCGCUUGUGGACUCUGGAGGGAAGACUACUGAAAGAUAUGCUACCUUUCACCAAACAUUCUGCCAUUUCUCUGACAUCACUGUAUACUGAUUCAUGUUCCAGGGUGCUACUGGCUGGAAAUGUCGAAGGACAUGUCAUCCUUUGCACUAUUAGCUCCUUCCUGGAACCGCCUCAUGAUGAAAAGAAAUUUAAACAGGUGCUCUCGUGGCGAGCUCAUGCUUCAGAAAUUGUUCAAGUGAUCUAUGUGGAAGACAAGCAAAUGGUGCUUACUGCUUCCGUCGAUGGCUCAGUCAGGCUGUGGCAUGCCUUCAACGGUCAUUAUUGUGGAUAUUUUGGACAGCAAAGAGUCUUUGAUUUAUCACAAACAAGAGAUUUCAUUUUGCCAUGUGAUGUUACUGAACUUCCUGUGGAAAUAAAAGAAGAAAGCAAGUUCACAGAGAAGAAGCAAAAAUAUGAAUAUCCUCUGGUAUUUGACCGGCAAAAAUGGAGAAAAAUGAGCUCAACAACUUUACUUUCCAAACGUGCACCUCCCAAGGCCUUUGAAGUGCAACACGAUUUUAAGUUUUUCAAGUCUCUUUCUUCUCCCAAGGUUCGCAGAAAUGCCUUGGAAAGUUUCAUGACUGAAAACAAAGAGGCUGGAAUUGUUUUUGGUUCUCUGCCUAUCUACAAGGUACCAAGCCCCACUACUCUAAAAUUCCUUCCACUCAUUGGUGUAGGAGCACAAAGGGAAUCCUUGGACAGCAUGGCAGCAAAGAAGAAGGGAAGUCAUGGUCAACAUGAAAAAACGUUACGGAGAAAAAGUCUGAAAAAAAAUUUAGUUCCGCAAAUAAAUCUGGCUUCUUCCUUCUUCCCGGCUUUGCCCAAGGAAAGAGGAAAUUCAGAAUAGGUUGCUGCGUAUACGGUGACAAGUUCUGGAUGAUGCUGUGGGCUUCAUCUCAGGAAGACUAUGAAAAUCCACUAGUCACCCAUUUCAGACCCCCAGCCCGACCUGUUGAUGGGAGAGAUUGCUUAAGAAGCUCAAGUGAUUUCAGCUCAGGACACCAAAAAAGCAGCAAGCAACCACUUUGCCAACUUCUUUUAUAUAUAAAAAACCACUUAAUAGGCAACACUUCUUGUUUACUUCAACAAAAUGGUACAUAAGGAAACAAAUUAAGUCAGUAGCAUAAGUAUCUAAGUAAUACGGUUAUCAGUGAUUAGCCUUCUACUCCUUCCCAUUGUUCGUCUCAGUCCAUGACCAGCAGCAUUAUCAGAAUGUGGAGUAAGAGGCAGCUUACUUGCGGGCCAUGUUAUGUGGUGCACAAGCAGGAUUAUUAUU